AUGACGCUGGACAUUUUCCUAGAUUCAAAAGAAAGCAAAUGUAAAUGCACUGAGGACAAAUUGGGACGAAGACAUUGCAUUCCCAUUAUCUACACCAGAGGAUCACAUUAUGACGUGGGAUUUGACAUUGGCAGAACAUUUUCCAGUUUGAUAGCAUCAUUAUUGGAAAUUUCCGUGCCAUUAAAUGAAUCUUAUCUGCCUCUGUAUGAAACUGCUGCUGGUAGAAAGGUGUAUGAUGAUACUCUAUGCGCCGUUAAGAAACGAAUGCCUCAAUACAUUGAAGAACUGGAAGGAACUGCUGAUGGAGCCAAAGUACCAUUUCACAAGUUAUUUUUGCUCCAUUCCGAUGACAUACUUCCAAAUGUUGUGGAGAAGAGAAACAACAAUGUGGAUGUUAAUCAUGGUUGCACUACAAUUUGUAUUAAUCAGCCGGGAGCUGAACUAUUGUGCCACACUGAAGACGCUCUCACAGAAGAUUUGAACCAUUUUUACUUCGUAGCUUGUGAUAUUGAUGGCCCGAAUGGAACAAAGGAAAAAUUUACAUCUCUGUGUUAUGCUGGACAUCUGCCUGGUUAUACUAUGGGCUAUAACCAGCACGGCCUAGUCUACAGUAUUAACACCAUCCAGGCAUUGAACCUGCGUAGCGGAAAGACACCGCGCCAUUUCCUCGGACGUGCAUUAUUAGCUGCAAAAUCCAUUCGCGAUGUAAAAUGCAUUUUAGAAGAUGCAGGUUGCGGCGCGGCCGAUGCCUUUUCUGUAAAUGCUACAUUUUUGGAUGACAAACCUAGGGUUUUUUAUAAUAUUGAAGUUGCACCUGCAGAUGAUGACCAGGACCAAAGUUUGAUUGAUGCUACAUGUGCUGGACCGGGAAAAAAUCUUGUGCAUUGCAACAGACUCUUACGGUUGAAAACUCCAGAGGUGGAAGGUUUCAUAAUAGAAAAUUCACAAGCGCGAAUGGAUGAAUUGGACAAGAGAGGCACUGCCAAAUGCAAAUUGGAUGCCAUUAAUGCACUCGGUGAUCAAAGUAGAACAGAUCAUAAUAUUUUUCAAGAUAAUGGUCCGGAUGAUUAUGUUAAAACAAUAGCUGUGGGUAUUUUUGACUGUAUAGAGAGAACAUGGGCCAUAUAUGAUGAUAAUCCCAAGUCCUGUGAACCAUCAGUUAUUUUACCUCUCAGAGUUGACUCCAAAUGUUAA